CCAUGAGCUCGGGAUCCGAGCCCCGGACACCCCGGACACCCUUCAGCAUCGCAGACAUCCUAGGCCCGCACAUGGUUCCCCGAGGACCCUCUGCGUCGCAGCUUCCAGAGUCGAACCAAGGUCCCACGUCUCCGCUGUGCGCGCUGGAGGAGCUGACUAGUAAAACUUUCCGCGUACUUGACGGGCACGCUCCGCAGCCCUCUGAAGGCCGCGCGGCCCCAGGCGCGCUGGGCCCUGGCCGGGCCGGCCGCAGACGGCGGAAGUCACGCACGGCGUUCACCGCGCAGCAGGUGCUGGAGCUGGAGCGGCGCUUUGUCUUCCAGAAGUACCUGGCACCGUCCGAGCGUGACGGGCUGGCGGCGAGGCUCGGCUUGGCCAACGCGCAGGUCGUCACGUGGUUCCAGAACCGGCGAGCCAAGCUCAAGCGCGACGUGGAGGAGAUGCGCGCCGACCUGGCCUCGCUGCGCUCGCUGUCCCCCGAAAUCCAGUGCCGCCUUGCGCUGCCUGACGGCGCCCCAGGCCUCUGCCCUGGCCCCGCCCGGCCUGACUCUGGGCCCCAAUUGUCAGACGAGGAGAUACAGGUGGAAGAUUGAAGGCAAAGCCACUUCCAGGGCUCUGGGGCCCUGGACUCCGCGCCUCCGCGUCCUG